GUAAGUGUAACAGUAAGGAAAUCAACAUGUUGGAUUGAAGCUACUGUUUUCGUAAUGGUUUUACGGAUUCUACUGUGAUUGGUCAAUUUGCUUAAGUCAAUUUACUCCUUAAGUUAUUUUGUCUGCAAUGGCCUUUAACAUGAAACUCCAAAAGAUAAAAACGUUACAAAGUAUUAAAGACGAUCAUACAAUCAUACAAGUAGGUAUUAAAAUCAAGUAUUAAACCGCACCGCAGGUAUUUAACGGACAGUUUACAGACGUCUUUGUCGUCAGUAAUGCAAAUUAUUGAUCCAAAAUUGGUGGGUAUUUAAGUUUUUUAUCACCAGAGGGCGUGUGUGUGAAAGCAGAGAGAGAGAGAGAGAGAGAGAGAGAAAUCUGAGAAGGGCGGAAUGGCCAUCUCGGUCCUUUUCGUGAGGAAGACGUUCGAAGUGUUCAAAUCGUUUUUCAUUCAAAAUUCGUAAAUGUGUGUUCGUGCGUCAUUAUAUUACUCGUAAAGUUUUGUUUAAAAUGUAUCGAGACCGGAGAUUUCGGGAAAACCAACGCCCGGUUCAUCGCAGUAAAAAACGAAAAUUUUAUGGAAAUCGUUAUAUCAAAAUAAGCGAGACAAGCCCCAGUACAUCAUCGAAAAAAAUAACUGGAUCCGAUGAUUUCGAUGUCGUUGUCAUCCCUACUCAUGUUUAUUCAAUAAUCAAUUUUAAUCUUGUUUUUUCGGCUUUGUCGAACAUUUUGAAGUGCAAAAUAUGCGACGGUGACGUGACUUUUGGAAAAAAAGAUGAGCAAGGAUUAGGAUUUCAACUUGCCAUACAGUGCCACUGUGGGGAUAAUUUCAUUAACUCCUGCGCAAGGAUCGGAAACAAAGAGGCAUAUGAGAUAAAUCGAAAGUUCGUCUUUAUCAUGCGGCUGUUAGGAAUCGGAUUACAUGGAAUCAAUUGCUUCAUUGGUUUGAUGGAUUUAGGUAAAAGCAUGAACACAAAAACGUAUUAUGCCGCGAUUGAAAAUAUAUUUCGUUCUACGAAAGCAGUAUUCGACGAAGUUGUUAAAAAAGCCGGUCGUGAAGAAAAGGAGCAAAAUAUUGAAAAUGGUUUUGAAGAAGACAAAUUCAUUGUAUCAGGGGAUGGAUCAUGGCGUAAGCGAGGGUUCUCAUCUUUGUUCGGUGUGAUAACAUUGAUCGGGCAUUUCAGCAAUAAAGUGCUCGAUCUUGUAGUAAAAUCUAGUUUUUGUAAAGCAUGCGUAACGUGGAAGAACAAGUUGAACACAGCAGAAUACGAGAAUUGGUACAGUGAGCAUAAAGAGGAAUGUUCAGCGAAUCACGCUGGAAAAAUGGAGGUAAAUGCGAUAUUGGAAAUGUUUGCGAGAGCCGAAGAUAUACACGACGUCAAGUAUAAACAGUACAUCGGAAAUGGCGGCACGAAAACCUUUAAAACUUUACUAAAACAAGAUUCGGAAGUAGAAAAAAAAGAAUGUGUAAAUCACGUUCAAAAAAGAAUGGCCGCGAGACUCCGUAAUUUAAAAAUAACGAAUAAAAGCAUUUGUAAAGAAAACGUUGGAAACUUGACAAACAAAUUGAUAAACGAUUUCACCGUUUACUAUGGACUUGCAAUAAAACAUAAUCCUAAUUCGGUUGAAAAUAUGAUUAAUGACGUUUGGGCGACGUACGAACAUAAAAUUUCGACGAACGAAAAACCGAUGCACGAUUGCUGUCCGCCGGGUCCGAAUUCAUGGUGUAAAUGGCGACGCGCUGAGGCUGUUGGGACGCUCGAUGAUUUUGAUCAUCCUCUCCCCCUUAACGACAAGGUUCAACAAGCUAUUCGGCCUAUUUUCGAAGAUUUGUCAUCGUGGAGUUUAUUAAAUCGAUGUCGCGGAAGCUACACUCAGAAUGACCAUGAAAGUUACGACAAAACUAUUUGGCAAUUCGCACCAAAGCACAUUCUCUGCGAUUCGCAAAUUGUUACCAUCUCUGCUUACCUCGCUGCAUGUAUAUUUAACGAAGGUUUUAAACCUAUUUUAAAAAUUAUGCAAACGAUGGGUAUUACAAUCGGACCGUACGCAGAUUUAUUUGCCAGUAAACGCGACACGGAGCGCCUGAGAGAGGCUAUGACUCUCGAGUCCGUCGAGGAAAACGUACUUUACAAAAAUGAAGAACUUCAAGAACCGCAGCAUUUUGAAGAAGUGGAAGGCUUAUUGUAUGGCCCUGGAAUAAUUAAUUAGUUAUAAGUGAGGCGACAUACAGUAUUUCUGUUCUGACCACAUGUUCAAAUUGGAGAGGUUUCUUCCCCAAAAUUACAGCCAACAAAUUAAUUUCGUAAAAUUUA